UGGCUGACACAUUGGAAAUUUUCAUUCCACACCCUGUGCAACUUAUACAUUUGCAUGUGGUGGCCGAUUUUCAGCACUAAUUUUACCAAAAAGACCCUUAAGAUAGUCCAAUUGAGCCACAUCCGUUGGUUUAUGCUCCCUAUUUAUAGUCCUCAUUUCCAGAUUUCCUUCACCUCUGUGCCAUCCAUAUCUUCCUAACCAAAACUUCACACACAAACAAAUAUACACAUAAAUAUGGGCUCUCUUCCUCAUGUCGUAGAAGACUGUUUAGGUAUCCUUCAACUUUAUAGUGAUGGCUCCAUUUUCCGAUCAAGUGACGACCAAAUUGACUUCAAAAUUACUGUCCAAGACGAUGGCUCUGUCGUUUGGAAAGAUUGCCUUUACGAUGAAAAAAACAAUCUCUAUCUCCGUCUUUACAAACCUAAACUAACAAACAAGCUCAAAAUAGUCUACUUUUUUCAUGGUGGAGGUUUCUGUGUAGGUUCACGUACGUGGCCUAAUUGUCAUAACUGUUGCCUCCGUCUUUCCUCUAACCUACAAGCGCUUGUCAUCGCUCCCGACUAUAGACUGGCGCCCGAGUUUCGUCUGCCUGCUGCCAUGGACGAUGCUUUUACGUCCAUGAAGUGGCUACAGAAUCAGGCGUUGUCAGAAACGCCUGAUUCUUGGAUGAAGGAUAUAAUAAUUGAUCAGGUUUUUGUAAUUGGAGACUCAUCUGGUGGGAACAUGGCGCACCAUUUGUCCCUGAGGCUCGGGGUUGGCUCGCCCGAGCUGGCGCCGGUUAGAGUACGGGGGUAUGUUCUCAUGGCGCCAUUUUUCGGGGGAAGUUUGAGGACUAAGUCUGAAGCUGAGGGACCUGCUGAACCUUUCUUGAAUGUGGAAAUUCUUGACAGGUUUUGGAGGCUAUCACUUCCAAUUGGAGCGACUGCAGAUCAUUCAUUAGCAAACCCUUUUGGGCCAUUAAGCCCAAGCCUAGAGUCCAUAAAGCUCGACCCACUAUUGGUGAUUGUAGGAGGAAAUGAACUUCUCAAAGAUAGAGUUGAAGAUUAUGCAAGGAAGUUGAAAGAGCUAAAGAAGGAAGUUGACUAUUUUGAAUUGGAAGGAAUGCAUCAUGGGUUUUUCACAAAUGACCCUUUUUCACAAGUUGCAAAUCAAGUUUUGCAAGAGAUCAAGUGUUUCAUUUGUAGGAACUCUUGUAAGAAUUAUAACAACAUAAUCUAGCUACAUUUACUCUAGUUAGUGCUAGAGAAAUUAUGUUAUUUAUAAUAUUGAAUUGAAACUGGCUUUAAAUAAAGUGACAUGAAUACCCGAAUUCAACUUGUUUAAAAUUAUAUAAGGCAUAUUUGUUGUUGUUA